CUGCUAUUUCUCUUUGUUCCAGGAAUCCUAAAAAACCACCAAUGGGGUGAACCUAGCAACAAGCCACGGUUACAGUUCAGCAUAAAAACGCCUCUUGGGCCUUACCAACCACAUUUUCACUCGAAGAUGCUGUAUCUUGGUUGUGAGAUGAACUGGCUUCUGGCUACGCUCCUUUUCCUGCAGAUUGGCACUGCAAUGCCUUGUACGUUUGAUAGAAUAGAAGAAAAGUUUCCAGCUGUAAUCAUACACAAAUACAAUGUCACGACAAUGGUGGAAUGUUUGGAACUUUGUUACAAUGACAAGGAUUGCUAUUUUGUUGAUUACGAGAAGGUAGUUUGCUCCAUUUUCGCGAAUGAUGUUACUCUGCAAACAGCGAAAACAAACACCUAUGCGCUAGUGCGCGGAUUAGGGCUAAAGAGAUGUCCAAAUACUGUCACUCUACACGUAGGAAAGCGUACACUAGAAGAAACUUUCGCCAGUGCUGAGUCCUUCGCUUGUGUGCAAGAUGGUCUUUUCAACGGCAGAUGCGGGUUUGUGUUUGUGGCAUUUCAAUUUCUCAUCGCUUAG